ACGGCACAUCCGGCCAUGGCCAUGAAUCGGAAUCGGACACCGACCGGACAAAUACGGGACGAUUUUCUGCUCGAGACUAACUUCGACGACGAUGGAGCCCUCACGCGUGCCUACAACACCCUACCGCAACAGCAGGCUGCCACCAACACCGAACGCAGCCUGGUACCUUAUCGUUCGAACUUAUCGGUGGAUCGAUACUCGGACACAACUCUACACGGCAAACCACGGCGGAGAGGUGGUUGCUGUAAAUCAUGCAUUACACGGAUACCGUACGCGACGCUGAUUGCGACGGUCAUGUGCCUUAUCGGAGUCGCUGUCUUCUGUGGCACGAUGUUCCGUGGCACCUCGCUGGCCAUCAUCAUGCUCGAUCAAGUGUUUCACCUGCGGCUGCCCUGGAUCGAGGCGGUUCAGAUGAUUUUCGUUGUAAUUGGCGCCUCCAUGGCAGCCCUUGGGUUGAUGAUUCUGUUCGUCGGAUUCCUGGCCACGGGUGCUACCCGUCACAAGGUGUAUCGGGCGUGGGGGUCGCGUGUCGGUGGCCGCAUCUCGUGCGCCGUCUUUAUGGCUAUCACGUACGUGCUGAAUAUCGUGUGGAUACUGAUCCUUUGCUUUUUGGCCAUCGUCACGUUUGUGUUUACCGUUUUUUGGAACAUGUGCGCCAACAACAACGUGCAGACUCAUCGUGAUUGCAUCGACCUAACGCAGUUCUACUUUAUGUUCCCGGAAGGCGUCAAGCAGGAAGAUAUGAAGAUAUGCGAACCGGCUAAAGUAAAAGCGUUUUGCAAGGAUGGCGUGGAAAAGUGCGAGAUCAUGUUCAUCCUUGCAACGGUGUCUUGUCUGUUGAUUAUUCUCAGCUUCGUACACUACCUGAUGUGUCUGGCGGCCAACUAUGCGCAUAUUCGAGAUCACGAGAAAUUCCAAGAGCUGCAGGAAAUGCAGAACCUCACCGAGAUGGAGUACAGUGCCGCGUCUAAGGAUAGAUUCUAGGAUACGGCCCAGGAGAUCUACAUUGAGCACAGCACCUGAGGGUGGCCUCGCAAGGCCUGCGCCUAUGGUGCUGUACGAGCAGCUUACGUUUAAAUUUGCUCCCUUGUGAGUCUCCCGGCCCUCCGGGUGGCCACUAUAGCGCUGUCUUUUUUUACGAUUUUUGAUACUAAGUUUUCAAACUGUUACGUUACGACGAAUCGUGCCGGCAAAGCAGGCGAGCCUAAACCGGGCUUCGAUUCUCCCACUGUGUGGAUGAUUAACUUACUACUAAGCGGUACUGUACCGAAUGUAUUUUUCCGCAUCUCUCCGUCUUCUACACCGUUGAUUGUGUUAGCUUUCGUUAAUUUUCAAUCCGUCCAAAAGGGAAAAGUGCCCUGCGAUACGAUGCCCUUGAUACGGUGUGCUUACUGCUUCCGCUUGGAUUACUUCUAUCCUUUUCCCUAUCGUUUUGGCCAUCAAAGCAUACGCUCGGCAUGUUUGCCCAAUAUAGAUACUCCUGGAUGCAAGUAGAACCGAUAACAUUAAGCGACAACGACACUACAGUAACGGCUCAGAGAAAAUCACAUCCCUGCGCAUCGAAUAUUAGCCAAGUAAUAACGAUACCGACACGGGAAAGUACGCUUCGUUCCUUUCCCCGUAGCAGGAAGAAUCCAAUAAGUCUGACGAGGUAACAAUAAGCAACACAAGCGUCUUUACUGCACCAAAACGAUGGCACACGAUCAUAAGCGAAGUUUUUAGGACGCGUGUAACAUCCCCAGAGUGUGUUCAACGUGCUUCAGUGGAAUGGCACCCGUUCCGUUAAUGCGUCGGCAGCUCCAGGAGCAAUUGACGGCCGCAUCAUACAGUCGGUAAAAGAAGCGCUUUUGGAACAGACAUAUCGAAUAGGGAUACGGAUGCAUGUGUAAAGCUCGUGCCGAAUGAAGCACUCCGCGUGUCUCCGCGAUGUAAAAGUAUAACAGUAAUUCACACAACUGCAACUGCAACAAGAAAAUAGGCAGCACUCCCCAAAUGUACCUCUUACGAAAGAAGCAACAUGAUGCAUUCCAGUGUGAUAAAAUAGUGAAGAAAGUAAUAGUGUAGAGAUUAACCUCCCCCUACCGGCAUAGAAGCUCAACUCAUGGUGAAAACUAUUGCUGCCUGCAAAAAACAAGACACAAGUAUUGUAAAAGACAUGUGCGUAUAUAAAAAUGGUAUAUAUUUUUAUAUCUAUUGAGAGUAGAGUUAAAGAAACAGAAACCCACAGCAUUAUUCCACGGUAGAGAGUGGAUUCCAUAUAGAAUAGGAUUCCACGACAAGACGCUGGGAUGGUCAUAUUUUUAUAAACCACUCCAACGCACACUCUCCAGGGGCGAGAACCUUUUUGGGGGCCGCUGGUGUGAUCUCCUCGAAUUAUACUAAAAUGAAGUGCACAAAUUCGUGGUUUCAGGAGGAAACGAAGAAAAACAUAACUAUGGUAUGAUGCUAAGUGCAUUCAUAAAAUGCAUUUUUUGUAUUAGAUAUUUAAUUCCGUGCCGCUUUCCUCUUGUGUACUUGUACCAUCUAAACGCUCACAGAUCUCGAUCAACGAGAAAGAUUUUUUAUUGCAUUCUUUUCCUCAUAGCUAUAGCUCAUAGUCUUCAAAAAUGUUCAAAGAAAACAUGCUUAUUUACCCACGCGUAUUCUGAGCAUUUACAUACGCUUCUAAAUCCCAGCUUAUCGUCGUUUAAAUCCAGCCAGCGAAAAACAACGUUUGAAUAACCACCGUGGUCGAUUGAAGCGUUCUGAUUGUGCCCAAAUUAUGCCUAAACAAUCACCUUUUUACUCUAUUCUAUAAGUGUUCUCUGUACUAAGUAUUUAAUCGUCGUUCAUGUAACCCAACCCCAUGUUUAGAGGAUAAUUCUUAGCAUUUCUCUUCAGCUAUCUACUAUUUCAAUGGUUCAAUCGUUAACAUCAGGCAUGGAUAAAUUUGAGUCUAUUCGUUCCAUUCACACUUCUACGAAAAUGACAACUAAUAACUUUCUCAUCCCUCUAUUCGAUAAUGAUAAUUGAGCAAUUUUUCUAACAAAAAUGAUUAAAAAAUCGGCAAAAAGAAUUGAAUUUACAAAAUUCAUAACGCGCACAUUCUAUUGAUAGUGAGUAGACCGUUCAAUGAUUGUUCAAAUUUCGGUAGUUACAUUAGUAAAUCGUCUCUUGGUUAUCGCUGCGGCACAAAGGAUAUAUUUUUCUUUAAUAUUUAGAAAAAAAUAAAUAUAGGAUAGAUUUUCUCUUAUUUUGUAAUUCGAACAUUCCAACCUGUCGGAAACAUUUCUUUUGUUUUUUUUAACGGAGUUUUCUUUACCGUUUUGUAGUUUCAAUUUCAAUUACUUUGUAACGAGAAAUAAAAUUCAAAUAAAAGUAUUAUGAGA